AUGGCGGACAAGGCAGUGACUAUUCGUACUAGGAAGUUCAUGACCAAUCGUCUUCUUUCCAGAAAACAAUUCGUCAUUGAUAGAACGCAUCCUGGAAGUCCUAAUUUUUCCAAGGCUGAGUUGAAGGAGAAAUUGGCUAGGAUGUAUGAUGUGAAGGACCCAAAUGCCAUCUUUGUUUUCAAGUCCAGGACGCAUUGUGCAGAGAAUGCUAAGAAAUAUGAGCCCAAAUAUCGGCUUAUCAGGAAUGGCCUGGAUACUGUACUGGACCUGCCCAACAAGGGACGGAUUCAAGACAGAAAUUGA